AGAAACAACUCCUUCAAGAUGUCGGUUACGUUUGAGCAAAUCAUACUUGACGCUAAGCGGAUUGCCAAUCGGCUCAAGGACCGGGAAGCGCUCGGCGACGCACUGCUGCUUGAAUCCGAAUCGGUCAACAAGCACAUCGAAUCGAUGCGCCAAUUUCAGGACGAUAUCGACAUACUGAACAAGCUGGCACGCGAUCGCUCCAACAACCAGCUGAUCACGAUUAUUCAUCAGGAAAAUCCACAGAUCCGAGAAAUUCAGCAAGAAAACCGUCUGCUGAAGGCAGCUCUGGAAGACCACCAGCACGCACUCGAGCACAUCAUGAGCAAAUAUCGCGAGCACACGCAAGCGAAAAUACUCAACACGAAGGUGAACUUGGUCGAGGCAUUUACACGCCAUCACCGGUCGGCCGAUAUCGAGCGGCGCGACGAGCUGAUCCGGCAGCAGACGGCCAAAAUACAGGAGAUGGCCGCCGUUAUGCAGCGUGUGUCGCAGAUGGACGAAGAAAAGGUAAACCAGGAGCAGGAAGUGUUGAGCAAGCUGAUGACGGAAAAUAAGGGUUUGAGAGAGUUGUUGGAAAUAUCGCGCAAGUAUGGUUCCGGAUCGGGGCAAAAGAUGCUGGUCGAUGAUAAAUCGACACAAACGGACAGUUAUCUGUUGGAUGGAUUGAUUGAAGCUGCCGUAACGGCAAGGGCAAAUGUAUCGAAGCAACAAGCAUCAACGGCACCGGUAUCACCAUCAUCUCCACAGCGAUCUGCGGCGCUUCCUACGACGAGUCCCGCAUCACAGAUACUAUCGGGUACGUCGAGUGGUGGGGAUGGAGCAGCAAAACCGACCAAUGAUGAUCCAGCCCGUUCACCAAACAGCAACAAGAGUCCUGUAGCGCCAGUUCCAGCGGUGGCCAGUAGUAACGGAAUGGCACCAACCACGACGCCAUCUGUGGUGGCAAGUACUCCUCCGGCAACCAGCUCGAUCUCGUGA